UGUUCGCAUACAUUGCGGUGUCAAGCAUUGGUCAAGCAUUGGAGGCUUGCCUUUUGUUUUGGUCAUUCUCUGGGCACGCGUAUUACUGGUCAGUCCAAUGUGGAAUUACAAUCUUAUAUUUAUUGUUGCAAAAUAGAUUUACUGACUUACAUACAGUUUCUAAAAUUCAACUUUAUUUUUUAAUUAGGACACGUAACCAUAAAAACGAAAAAUGUGUACUUACCAGUAGUUUACUUACGAAUGUGAAAAUAAAUUAUAUUAUAUUUGAUUACUAUCACGAGGAUCAAUACAGUUCGCUGAUAUGGAUAUGUUCACUAUCAUUUUGGCUUGCAUCUCCGUGGCUGCUGGGAGCCCUACGGUCAAAACCUGGACCUUGGAUGAGCUGUCUACCGCCAUUCAGUUAAACCAAACUGAUAAUGACAUGAAACCGUAUUUGGCGGAUGCUUUGAAUAUGAUUAUGUUGGCCAUCUUCACUGGAGAGAAUUCGGAAUCUAUUCAGGCUUUGAUACCAUCGCCCAGUGGUGGCUCGCAGUGGACCCACGCUGAACUAAACGAAGCGAUCAAAGAUCCAACCACAAAUGAUGAGUUUAGAAGAUUUAUGAGACGGGCUUUGCACUACCUUGAGUUCAAUAAGGAUCAGAAAUCGGUGGAAGUCUUCAUCCCAGCGUUAGAUAUAUCUACGUGGACGAUGUCGGAACUGAAUGAAGCGAUAAGCAGCCGUGCCACGCAUCCUGAACUCGUAACAUAUUUGGAGCAAGCUAAGACGGAGCUUAAUAAAGACUCUGACAAACGGGAUAAAAUAACUAUCGUCACUCCAGUUGGCUUGAUAAAGAAUAAAGAAUCAACUCUUCUGUCGAGGAAAUGGUGACCAAGUUUAUGUGAAGAUUUGAAGGAUGCGUAAUUUUUUAUGCUUUUUUACAAAUAUAUAUGUACUUAAUUUGUGUGUUUAGAGGCAUUUUGAGAAGACUUUGCAUUGGUAACACUUUAUUGAAUAUCGUCUUAUAAUUUUCAUGAUUAAUGUUAUUUUUUGUGAGUGGAAUAUACCUAUAUAAUCUCUCUAUAGCUAAAGGUUAAAUUAAAUUAAAUAGAACUAAAAAAUGUAUAGCUAGCAAAAUAUAAAUCCUGAAUUAUUUAUUAACUUUAAAAUUAUGAUUUUACGCAUAACUUUUUAUUAACCUAUUUCCCUGAAGAAGGUUUAUAUCAGGUGGUUGACCUGAGCCAAAUUCCUACUGCAACAUACUUAUAAAAUGUGUUGCGCCGACACUCAAUUGGAGUGGAAUAAGAGCAAGCGUAAACGAAAAAGAUUGUAUUAAGUAUUUUAUACGUAAUUUAUUUAGUAUUCUGAUUUAUUUAAUAAAUAUUUUUUUAAUAGACA